UCAUUUUAAAUGAAGCACGCGAUCCGAUACCGUGUUACCUUGUAAUGUAGCUUUAAUUGUUAGGUAAAAUUCACAAUUAUGUUACAAAGUGACGGACAAAAUGAGAUCUUACCAGAAAGGCGCCUGCAGCUCCAGUUGCAUGUUCUUAGCAAAUCAAUCUCGUGCUCUCUGGUGGAAAGGCUGUGCAUACAAUUGUUGAGUUCCAGGACCAUGACUGAGUAUGAGAGCCAGGUAAUCAGGUCCAAGGAAACAGACAUGCAGAAGGCUUCCCAGCUGCUGCAGGUGGUCCUUAAAAAGGGCCGCAAUGCUUGUCUACUCUUCUACAAAGAUCUAGAGAGGUGUUGCCCAGAAUUGUUUGAAAGAGUCACAGGCCUCCAAGCUGUGAAAACCCAACAUAAUUCGGAGAUGUCAGAGAAGCGAAACCACUGUCCCGCAACUUAUGUCAUCAACAUCAGCCAUUCAACCUUGAGUAACUUCAUCAUUGGUGGAGGCAGUUUUCAACAUGUGACAACUUGCACACAACAGCCUCUAACUCAAGAUUCAGUGGCUCUUCCGCAGGAGACAAUGGAAGCCAAGUAUGAAAGUGACCACCAGAGGGCAGUACAGGCUUGUACAGAUCCAAAAUUCCAGAGUGUCCAGGUCUAUCGGUCCAAGCUGCAGUAUGUCAUAAUUGGGGACAGCAACACCAUGGAGGUCAGAGACACAGUGGAGGUGGAGGAAGAAGAAGAGGAGGAGGAGGAAGUGGAGGUUGUGGAGGAGGAAGAGGAGGAGGAGGAAGACCCCAUGGAGAGUAAUUGAUUGGUUUUGGGUAGUGCUUUUCCAGAUGCUCAAAUUGAUUUACCUUUUAUGGGGAAAUUCACCUCAUAUGCAGCUGUGGCCUGGCAUUAAUAUCUCCUGCUGUUUUGCUAUUGAGGUACUGCAUCAAAGCUGCCCUUGGCACUCAAUUCCCAUGAGUGAUUUAGUGAAAAAUAUGUGUGGCCAUUUGAACUUGAUUUCUUGAAAAUGUAUAUUUAUUGUGGAUGGGUGGGAUGUUGGUCAGGGCUGCAUUCUAGCAACUUAUUCUGGUAGGUCAGGCACCAGCAAGCUGAAUCGUUCUUGUCUAGCCGGGGAAUGUGCUCUUGUCCCAGAAUGUGUCAGUGAAUACUUCCUGAUUGAGCAAGUAGUGUGAUAAGAAGUAUAUCAGUGAUAUCUACAUUAGAGGACAUGUCUCAAUCUUCAGUUCUUCCAAACCUGCUGUGGAACUGUUGAUGUGAUGAGACAAGACCAUAGUUUUGAAUUGGAGAUCAUGAAAUUGGAUAGGGGAAAUGAGAAACCUUUCAAAAAAGUAUUGAGCAAUACAGAUAGUACGUUCUAUGAACCUGAUGUGUAAUGACCUGAAAUGACUAUUAUUUAAAUAUGGCAAGAAGUACUUACUUAAAUGUUUACUUAAUUUAUUUUGUCUACUACCCGGUUUCCAAAGUUGGGACUUUGGGUCAAAUGAUAAAGGAAAAACAGAAUGCCAUGAUGUACAAAUCAUUUAAACCCUAUAUUCAAUAGAAAAUAUUGUGCCCGG